CGUGACUAAUUCACGAUUCUCUCUUCAUCGCAGCUUCCAGCUGAUCGCCGGUUUACUCAUCCGACUUCAUCGCAAUACAUAAACAUCCGGACACCCAUCUCAUCCUCCGGCCUACACCAUCAUCCCCCACAAACCUAGCAUAAGGAUUUCUUCUUGAUCUCUACGUCCCGUGUCCACACACUGCAAUUUACUCCGCAACACCAGCCUCCACCAUGCAGCUCCUCAAGCUCCUUGCCACCACAGCCCUGGUCCUCACCAACUCUCUCACUACCGCCGCGCCCAUCGACUCUGUUAACUCAGAGGGAAUCCAAGCGGGCACCGAUGAUGCCCCGAUGUGCGGAUACGUGCGCAUAACUCCUUACGACGGCUUCAUCGUAGGCUUCUUCGCGACAGCGACCUGCGAACCGAUCUUCCACGGGAAAGAGGCUUCGGUCUACAGCAUGGACAGGGAUCCAUGCGGUUGCAGGUUCUAUGCGACGGAGCAGGAUUGCAAGAGCAGGGUUAAUGUGCCGACGGUUUUCGGGCCGACUUGGAACGAGAGCCCGUUUACGGGGACGAAGCCGAAGUAUGUGUUCUGUGAGAAGGUCUGAUUUGGUGGCAUGCGAGAUGGUCUUCAAACGUAUGCUCAAUGGGGUGGAGGUG